AUGCCACCUGUCAUGGAUCUCAUGCGUCGCACACUCGACCCAGCUGAAACAUCAGACGCUUUCCGGUCUCAAUGGAAACACCCUGGUGAUGUUUUCUCCGUCUUGCUGAUCUUAGGCGGUGAUGUAGUCGGUCGUGCUCUCGCUCAACUUGCUGGUACUUCCAUUACCCCCGUGGCAUUCUCCUUUGGAUGGGUGGCAUAUGGGGUUUCCGCGGUUGUCUCUGCAGUCGGGGAAAACAGACUGAUGCCCCUUCCAGACUGUAACUGCCAAGUCAUCAAUGGCAGGUCGGGCUAUGUGCGCGGCAAUACCAGCUGGAUCAUCGGGCGGAUCGUGCGAGAUUUCGACAGCUGGAUGGACGACAGAGUGCGAGCGAAGUUAGACCAGAUCCUUGCAGAUCGCUGGGAGCACGACAAAGCCAAGGUCGUUAAUGUCGAGCCUGGCGCAAACGUGAAGAAGCCCGCCCAAGCUGGUCUCUGCAUAUCGAUCUACAACGCGGGGCAAGCGGUCAAGGGAUACCCUGGCUACGACCUCGUCUACUGGAUGGGCUUUGCCACGACCGUCGUCCAACUCGGCAUCGCUGCCAUUCCCUGCGCCAUCUUCGGCGAUUGGGGUAUCCUUCUGGUUACUGUCGCGGGUAUCCUCCUGUCCUUCGCCACUGGCAGUCUGCCGCAAUGGUGCAAGGAGAAGUGGGCAUGUCGACAGAGGUCUUCGAAGAAUAUUAUUUUGACCAGAGGCAACGGAAGCCAACACGCCAUCGUCGUUCUGGGCAACGGCAAAGGAUUCGAUCUGGAGGACCUUGCCGCCGGUCAGACCAACGUCGAUGUCUCGGCCUCGUGGGGAACCAGGAUCGUGAUGAGUAUUCUGGCGACCCUCUGGAUUCUCUUGCUGCUGACUGCAGCCGGCCUCAAGCGGAACACCUGGUUUCUGCUUGCCAUUGGGGGCGUUGGCAUCGUCCAGAACGUUUUCGUUGCCGGUUACAGAAGGUUCCCAGAAGCAUAUGGGAUUCCACUGACUCUGGAAGACGUCAUUGGUUCCCACAAGGUUAUGGAUGCGCUCUUUGCUGUCGAGGAGAAAUACCCUCAUCUCGGGGCGAGUAUGAGAGACACUUUCUUUCCUGGAAAACUGCGUCCGGAUGAAGAGAGGAGAUGGCAGCAUCUCGCAGUGGAAGCGAAUGCAAAGGCACAUUCGCAACAUGAUGUCCACACUCCGACUAGUGCUGGUGGUGCACUCGGAAAGGCUUUCGAUAGCCAUAGUGGCCGGCGUACUAGCACUACUACCGCGGCUGUAGGCACGGCCUCUGGUAUCAACAGCGACAAGCGACCGGCCACCGGUUGA